GGGCGUUGAAGCAGCGGCUUCAGAGGCGCAGAGAAGCGAAGGCGAGACUCGAGGGCGCAACGAUGGCUCCGGCGCGCGGCUCUGCGAAGGCGCCGCUUUGGCGAGGGGGCUUCCUUUGGGUCGGGGUCUUGCUCCUGGCUUGUUCAGAAUGCCGGUCCGAAGUCCGGGUGUCCGUUCCGGUGGUCAUUGAGGCUCUUUUGGGCCAAGACGUGCACAUGUUGUGCAGUCACACAGGGACCGAUGGGGACGGCUACGUCUUGGUGGAGUGGUUCAUUACGGACAAAACGGGGACGCAGCGGCGCGUGGCGUAUGACGAGCGUGGUCAGCAAGGGGUGGACGGCGGGACGGAGUACAAGGACCGGGCCUCCAUGGACGCCGAGCACGGCCUGGUCAUCCGGGCGGCCGAGGUGGGCGACGAGAGGGAGUUCCUCUGCCAGGUGACCACCUCCUCGGGGACCGACGUGGGAGUGACCCAGCUCAAGGUCUUCGAUUCUCCCGAACCUCCAGAGCUCCAGAAGAACACGGCGACCCUUUCCGUGACUGGAGAAUUCGCUUCCGAGAUAGCUACUUGCACCAGCAAAAAUGCCCACCCGGUGCCAGCCAUCAGCUGGUACAAGGAUGGACGCCUCCUCAAUCCCUCCACAGAACACAACAAAGAGUUGUAUGUGGUUUCGCGGACGGUGAAGGAAACCUCGGGCCUCUUCUCCCUCUCCAGCACUCUGUACAUGCACCUGAAGAAGGAGGACAAGGAGUCCGCUUUCCGGUGCAAAGUCAACUAUUCCAUGCCACACGGGAAGGCCGGCAGCGCCGAGACGGAGCCCUUCCAGGUUACGCUACACUACUACACCGAGAACGUCCAGUUCUCUCUGGCGUCUCCAGAGCUGAUCAAGGAAGGCGACGACGUGGAGUUCCACUGCCAGGCUGACGGCUCUCCGCCACCCGAGUAUUUCUUCUUCAAAGUGCAGACGUCUGAAAAGGGAGAGGUCCAGCGCGACAUGGGCUCCAAUCCGGACGGCGUCCUCCGCCUCCGUCGUGUCACCAAAGCCGAUAGCGGGACGUACCGGUGUCAAGUGCUGGACUUCGACAGUCCACCGGAAGUGGACCUGGAGAAGGAAGCGGACAUCUUCGUCCACUAUCUGGACCCAGUCGUUGUGACUCCAAGGAAGAUGGCGGUGGCCAACGUGAGCGGAAACAUAGAACUGACCUGCUCCGGUAGUGGCUCCAGGACACCUGAAUUGUCAUGGAAGAAGGGAGAGGAAGAGGUCGGGAAAGGGGCCACUUUGACCCUGGAUUCGCUGACCUACCACAUGGCAGGGACGUACUCCUGCAAGGCUGCCAUCGCCAGCAUCCCCGGCUUGGACAAAGAGCAAUCCGUCCAGGUCGUGGUGGAAGGGAAACCAGAGAUGGAGCAACACCAAACGGUUGCCCAUUACCACACCCCGGGCCAAGUAAUGGAGCUGACCUGCUCGGUUUUGGGGCAUCCCGAACCGGAGAUCCGCUGGAACGUCACUGGAGAGGAUCUCUCUGCAAAAACCGUGUCCGUGGAAGUGACUCCUGAACUGGUUCAGAGCGGUGUUACCUGCUGGGCCCAGAACAAGUACGGAUCGGACAAGCAGACCUUCCAGUUUGUGAUGGUUUCCCCAACACAACCAUCUUCUCCGGGACCGGCAGGAAACCCCGAACUUCGCACAGUGGACGGCGAGGAGAGCCAAGGCGGCAGCACGGUGGCGGUCAUCGCGGUCUGCGUCUGCGUCCUGUUGUUGCUGCUCAUCGUGGGAUUCUUCUACUUCAUGCAGCGGCGAGGGCAGCUCCCCUGCGGCAGCAGAGAGAAGAGGUCCUUGACGCCCAAAGAGGGGAGCCCCGAUGACACGGUGGUGGAGAUGAAGACGGACAGGCGGAACGAACAGACGGGGCUCCUGAGCCACGGAGGGGGCGGUGGCGGUGGAGGAGGCACCAACGAGUGUUGAGAACAGAAGAACGUUUCUCUCUCUCUUCUUUCUCUCUCCUUUCCGUUCGGCACCGGACCCAACGUCCACCUCGGAGGAUGAAGAUGACGACAACGAUGCCAAAAUGGGAAACGGCUGCCAAACCCGAUUCGGCCUCCUCCGCGGGUGCAAAUUGAGCGUCCGUACGUCCAGACUUUGGGUGCCGGAGGGCGGGAUCCGUAUCCGUCUUCCUCCUUUCAAAAUGCCGGAUGAAUCUGUGUUUGGUCCCGUGCCCUCUUCUUCUUCGGCCGCUUCCCCUCGUUGCCAACCUCACACAAUCCCUUUGUUGCCGGAAACGCACUGCCUUUUUGUAACGCGAUGCUGCCUUGGUCAUUCGGAGCAAACCGAAGACACAACUUUCUCAGAUCACGCAAAAGGUUCUGUCUUGCCUCCCCAAGAAUGCACGGAUUUCAUUUCACGGAGGAGGGUUCCACUUGCAUGUAUUACGUGUCCGAAUAUCCCGUCCAAAUGCAAAAAAUGUUCCAUUGCGCCACUGAUACAUCCCUGUAUGUUCCUUCCUUUGGUGUUACGUUGUGGCCUCCCGCUUUGAUCCUGAUGAUGUUGCCAUGCACAGUUCCUUCCUUUCACACAAUGCCGUUACAAGAGAAAAGCUUUUGGCUUCGCUUGCCUUGGAGAGAAACGCUGUUCUUCCAAGAACAGAAUCCUAGAGUUGGAAGAGACCUGGCAGGCCAUCCAGUCCAACCCCGUUCUGCCAAGACGCAGGAAAACAGGACAGGUUUGAUGUGUUGUCGAAGGCUUUCAUGGCCAGGAUCACAGGGUUGUUGUGUGUUUUCCGGGCUGUAUGGCCGUGUUCCAGAAGUAUUCGCUCCUGACGUUUCUCCCACUUCUAUAUAUAGCUCACAACCUCUGAGGAUGCCUGCCACAGAUGUGGGCGAAACGUCAGGAGAGAAUGCUUCUAGAACACGGCCAUACAGCCUGGAAAACAUACAACAACCCAGAACAGGUUUGCUUCAACCACAGAGGAGAUUCGCCUUCUUUCUUGGCCCAAAAUGUCAAGGUUUCCUGGAAGAAAAGGACAGGGCUUCUGGAAAGUCUCCGUAAGCAUUACCUUUCUUUCCUUCCAUUUGACCUUCUCGCUCCUUUUCUUUUCCUUCCUUCCUUCCUUCCUUCCUUCCUUCCUUCCUUCCUUCCUUCCUUCCUUCCUUCCUUCCUUCCUUCCUUCCUUCCUUCCUUCCUUCCCUCUUCCUUCCUUCCUUUCCUCUCCCCCUUUUCUUCCUUUUUUUUCCUUCCUUUCUUCUCUCACCUUUCUUUCUUUCCUUCCUUAGCUCCCUCCUUCUUCCUUCUUCCUUCUUUUCCUUCCCUCCUUCUUCCUUUCUUCAUUUCACCUUCCUUCCUAAUUGUCUUCUCUUUCCCUUCUCUUCUUCCUUCUUUCCUUCCCUCCUUUUUCUCCUUCCUUUCUUCUCUCACCUUUCUUUCUUUCCUUCCUUAGCUCCCUCCUUCUUUUCUCUUCCUUCUUUUCCUUCCCUCCUUUUUCCUUUCUUCAUCUCACCUUCCUUCCUUUUUGUCUUCUUCCUUCCUUCCUUCCUUCCUUCCUUCCUUCCUUCCUUCCUUCCUUCCUUCCUUCCUUCCUUCCUUCCUUCCUUCCUUCCUUCCUUCCUUCCUUCCCUCUCUCCCUUUUCUUCCUUUUUCUCCUUCCUUCCCUCUCUCACCUUUCUUUCUUUCCUUCUUUAGCUCCCUCCAUCUUUCCUCUUCCUUCUUUUCCUUCCCUCCUUCUUCCUUUCUUCAUUUCACCUUCGUUCCUUUUUGUCUUCUCUUUCCCUUCUUUUUUCCCUUCCUUCUCUUGGGUCUUCUUACUCGUUAACUCCCUCUUUUUCUCCCCACUUUUCAGAAAACAACCCUUCCAUGCUUCAGUCUCCCAUCAUAACCAGCUACGUUCUUUCUCCUUUCUCUUGACGUCUCCUCUGCUCAGGUUUUUCCCCCUUCCUUCCUUCCUUCCUUCCUUCCUUCCUCCCUCCCUUCCUUCUUCCUUCCUUCCUUCCUUCCUUCCUUCCUUCCUUCCUUCCUUCCUUCCUUCCUUCCUUCCUUCCUUCCUUCCCUUCGAGGCGGCCACUUCACCCUGGCUUCACCCCCUUCCUUGUGUCCCUUUGGGGUCCAUGCCCACCUUCAUUUUGACGCUCUCCCCAUGGAAUUGUAUUGGUUUGUUUCACUCUCCAUAGAUCUACAGCGUAUCUAUAUAUAUGGCAUAUUUUUGUGAGUGUGUGUCUGUACAGGACUGAGUCUCGCUGGGGCUUUUGCCUGCGGUGUGUUUCUUUGCCCACUUUUUUUUAUUUUCUCCUUGCACUUGUCUGGUCAAGACACUGGCUUUUUUUUUGGGGGGGGGGACUUUUUAUGAUUUUUUUUUUUAAAACGUGGUAUAUUUAAUGGUGUUGCCUCUUGGAAAAUGAGGCGAGGCUUUGGAGCUAUGGCGGAUGGGAUUUGCAGGGAAGAUGAAACACAAAAACAAUGCAAAAAGAGUAAAUGCAGUAGAGUCUCACUUAUCCAAGAUAAACGGGCCGGCAGAUGCUUGGAUAAGCAAAUAUCUUGGAUAAUAAGGAGGCAUUAAGGAAAAGCCUAUUAAACAUCAAAUUAGGUUAUGAUUUUACAAAUUAAGCACCAAAACAUCAUGUUUUACAACAAAUUUGACAGGAAAAAAAAGUUCAUUAUACAUGAAUGCUAUGUAGUAUUUACUGUAUUUACGAAUUUAGCACCAAAAUAUCACGAUAUAUUGAAAACAUUGACUACAAAAAUGGCUUGGAUAAUCCAGAGGCUUGGAUAAGCGAGGCUUGGAUAAGCGAGACUCUACUGUAGUGAGACUAAAUGACCUCUGGAGACCCCUUUUGGUUCCAUGCAAUUGAUCCGCCGAUUUUCUUUUCUUGCUGCGAAACCAGCUCUUGUUUAAAGCACAAGAGCCCCGGUCAGUUGGCAACCCCGGUCAGUUGAUACCCCAAAAUAACUGGCCAUGGUGACCCCAAAAUCCGAUGCCAUCGCUCCAUUGCCGCCUUCGGACAAUGUCUACUGCCUGCUGCCCUUUUGUCCCCCACAUUACACUGUACAUUAGCCAUUAAAAGAAAAUAUUGUAACUUC